GUGCACCAUAGAAGGUGCAAGCUGAACUGUUUUAUAUUUUUUAGUAUCAGUGAGUGAUAAGUGAUAGUUUGAAGGGCCUGCAAAGAAGUACAGGAAUAGUGGAAUACUAUUAGUUGAGCAAGCCACUUGCACUCCAUCUGCUUGAAACUUCAACCUCGAAUAAGGAGCGUGGUAACCGUGUGGCGUACGUGAUUCAGCGAGUACAGUUAACGGAUGACUUCUUGGGUGUAAAUUAGCACGAGCAAGACUGUUGAAAGUACUUUGGUGUUGAAUACUGUUUACCGAAGAUGUUGGAUGCAUGCUAAAUGGGUAUUUUUGUGCUCUGGACUGUCAUUGGUUGCUUUGCAGAACGUGCAGUUCCAAGGACCGGCUACCGAAGAUGCUGAUAGGCAAGGACGAAACCUUCUUGACUGGAUUGGGUAUGGAACUGGACCAGACACUGAUCCGUAUAUUGCUAGGACCAAUGCCGCGUGCCUCAACGGAGAACUGGCUGAAUGUUUCAAGAAGCAAGCACUUAACUCAUUUGAAGAAUUUUUCAACAAGCCACAAUAUCACCUGAGCGAGAAUGCGAAGAUCAAGAGGAUGCCAGAAGGUCAGCUCAGGCAGAUUGUACAAGAGCCAUACGAAUUCUCUGAGAGCCCACGAGCUGACGAAUCAGAGUGGGACCAGCUUGUUAAAUUUGCAAAGAGAAAGGUCGAAAGGUUCUUAAAAUCCACAACGUUUGAGCUAGACUUUGACGAUGAAGUUACAGAAAGAGGGCGUUACUCUCCCCGGUUUCUUGAUGAGAUAUUCGGAGAAAUAGAUGCUAUAGAAGACAAGAAGGACUCACUUUUCAAAAGGAAGCAGCUGAAGAAAUUGUUCAUCCCUCUUCUUCUUGUGCUAAAGCUAUUCAAACUAAAACUGCUGCUUUUCCUACCUUUGAUUUUGGGCCUGGCAUCUUUCAAGAAAUUUUUAGGAUUCUUGGCCCUCAUCGUCCCAGGGGCUAUAGCAUUCUUCAACUUCUGCAAGCCCAGCUUUCAACAAGGAGGGUCAUUCUUUGCCAAGCAGCCUCAAUACUCCCCAACGGGAGUAGCAUACCCCCACCACCACCAGCAACAUGAAUACAGUGAAUACCCUCCCUACAGCUCCCCAGGAGCGUGGAGGGCAAAUGAGGAGGCCGCCCAGAACAUAGCCUACAACGGAUGGAGCCAGUAUAGGGGCAAUGACAAGGGCAUCCAGGCUGAAGCGGCAACUACCAAAAAGUCCAUAUUACCGGACUCGUAGCUAGAUCCAAUCAGAGGAUAUGUAUUUAUUGUACAUAGUCGUAGUCUUAGUUAUUUAUACAAUACUUUUUAAUAUUAAGUGGAUCCCCUCUACAACAACUCAAGCCUACUAAACAAACAAUAAAAGUUGGUUCAUAAGAAAGCUAUUUUUAUGCAUGUGCCAUUAUGAAUAAUUAUAUGGGACAUCCUAAUAAUAUACUUAACAUGUAACCUGCAUUUCGCAGUACCCAC